UUCCACUGACUGAAGCAUAUCCCCUUUUGCAUACCUUUUCUGUUGGGCUUCCCUCUGUGUUUAAAUAUACAAAGUAUUACGUAUUGAGCAAUAAGAAGGUUAAUUUGAACUGCAAUCAUAUGUCAGGAGCUACUGGAGAUUUUAUCCUUCUAAAGAUGAAUGCUGGAAAUGAGAAAGCGGGACCAAAGAUAGAUUUGCAACUUGGUUUGAAUUAUUCUAACCAUUGCAUCCUGAAAACUGACCCAGGUGCAGGUGCAAAUGCAGUUUCCAAAUUAGGCAUGAGAUUUGUUGCCAACAGCCCCUUAUCUGAACUAGUUUGGUCUCCAGACAAAGGUUUGAGUCUUAAAUGUGCCGAUUCAAGCUUUUCUGAUAAGAAGACAUCCCUUUUUUGGGAUGUUGGACCAAGCAAUUUUUUUCUCACUAUGCCAGACAGCGUUGUUGGCGUGACAUCUGCCACUGAUAAACCAAUAGAUGAUGUUUUCGCGAAACCUAUAGCUGCUGUGUGCAUAAAAAGCGAUAUUUCUGGUAAUGAUAUUCCUCCUAAGGAUUUCACAAGUGAUUCAGGUGUCAAGCCUGAGUGUAAAGAAUAUGAAGAACAAGAUACAGGAUGUAAAGGUAAUAUGGAAGAAAUGAGCUCUACAGAAAGGAAUUCUUGCGAUCAAGUAAAUGCUGGAACUACUCAAAUAACUGAAGAAAACAUUGACCAAGUUUCUACUACAUCUGGUCAUGUUGACCGAAUGCAGGUUGAUAAUUUAAUACCACAGGCAGAUGAACAUGAACCUAGCAUUGGGCAAAAUCCACUAUCGAGAGAUCAGACUAGUGGAGGUGGAGAUAUAGGCGUUAAAAAUCAAGCCUUUGAAACAGACGAUGCUUCAUCCGCCAAGGUUUAUCCAAUAAUUGAAUAUAAAAGUCUUGGUGCUCCCGGAACUAAAUUAACUUCUCCCACCGGAAGUCGUUUCAAAAAACUGGAAUCAACUGCUAAGAGUGAUUUGCAAGCUUUCAACUGUGAAGCUGUCUGUGGUGCAACAAGCAGAGCUCUGGUUUCAAAAUCUAAUGAGAUUGUAGACAAAUCUCAGGAUGACAAGAAUCUUCCAGUUUUGCAUUCACCUAUCAAUCGAAAACGUCGUCUGUCUUGGAGGAAACACAGGGAGAAGGCAUUAUCUAUUGGGGAUAUUAACAUGAAGUUUUCAUCAAAGGAGGAGGAAGAAGGCCAUGAGAGUGUUGAAAGCUGUAACAGUAGUGGGCAGUUUUCCACGGGUAAGAGAUUGGACUUCCAACAGCAGUUGCUGGUUGAGAGUAAAAGAAUCAAAAAGCAAACACAAGAAGUUUCAUCCAAUUCCCUUGUUAAACAGGAUAGCUCCUUCAUGAAUUGGAUAUCUAACAUGAUGAAAGGAUUUUCACUAUCAAUUCAAGAAGCAAGAAACUGCUGGGCUGAUGCAUCUGCAUAUCCAGAUCACGCUCAUCAAUGGCCUGAUCAGAAACUUAUCACAUUCAACAGAAAUCAAAAUCCAGAGCCAAAAAAUACGGGCUUUCAAUUCAUUUUUGAGUCCAUGUAUUCUCCAAGCUUGAAGCGUUUAGAAGAGGGUUCUAAAAAUUUUGAUAAAAAAAACAAGGUACAUGGAAUAGACGCUAGUGCAAUAACCUGUCAUGCGGAGCGUGAUACCCCUUUCAGACAAUAUUUGAAUUUGGAUGAAGUUGAAAGAUCUAGGCGGAGAUAUGUAGCUGGCCCAUCAUCCCAUCCUAAGAAUGAGCCUGUAAAUUUUGCUGACUCUCAUGAAUGCAGCAAAAACUAUUUGAUGGAUAAUAAAGAUGGUUCAAACUUAGGCCCUAGUAAGGAGAGAGAAGGAAAAACAUCAAGUUCAUCCUUAGGCGGACAAAAAAAUAAUACCGAAUACCUUGAUUCCUCUGCACCGUCCGGGAGGAAGGAAGUAAACAAUAGCUGUUACAGAAGUGAUACUCUGGGGACUCAGUGGAUAAGUAGAUUUUUCCCAAGACCAGUUGCCCCCCUAAAAAUCUCUGAUCACCUCAUACGGAAUGGUGGGACUCAGUCAGAAUCCAGUGAUUGUUCAAGGCUUCCCCAUUCCCAUAAGCACACUGCUCAUCUAAACAAGUGCAAGGUUGAAGAAAAUCAUAGAGAGCAAUCUGCUGAUGAGGCUAAAGGAUUACAUGAUCAUUCAAUCGAUAAAGAGGCUUCCAGUGGUACUAUGGAUGAUCAGGUUAAUGAUAGUUCAAUGCAUCAAUUCAAUCCAUUGUGGCCUUCCCAAAGAUUCAGAAAUUCAGAGCCAGAAAGGAGAUUGGAUGCCAUCAAAUAUAUCGUAUCAUCAAAUGGAACAGAUAAAGCCAGCAAGGGAAAGAUGACUUGUUUGUUUUGUGGAACUAAAGGUCAUCAACUUUGUCACUGUUCAGAGAUCUCUGAAACUGAACGGCCAGAUCUCCUAAAGAAAGUGAAUUCACAUGUAGGAUUGAAGGGACUGCCUUGUUUCUGCAUUAAGUGCUUUCGGCCCAAUCACUGGGCUAUUUCAUGUCCCGCCUCCAUAUCAAAAGGGAAACACAAAUUAGGAUUUCAUGCUUUGGUUAAUGACUGUAGCCCCAAUAGAAUACAGUGUACUGAAGGCAAUAGAGAGAUACCCAGGUUGCCUACGGAUGAUGAGGGUGGCCAAUUUAUAUCUGGUUGUCCUAAGAAUGAUGAAACCGAUCCCCCACCAAAGAAAACUCUUAACUUGAAGAGGAAACUAAAUGAAGUUAUGACCUCUGAUAAGAUGUGGUCUAAUGUAUCAAUCAAGAAAUACUUUGGUUCUAUGGGACCUCCAUCUUUCUUUGUAGAAAGAAAAAUCUCAGAUGUACCUGAAAAAAUCUUUGCUGCAGUGAAAAAACUUCGUUUAUCCCGCACUGAUAUCCUGAAAUGGGUUAAUUCUCAUAUGUCACUAUCACACCUUAAUGGCUUUUACUUGCGGUUGCGGCUAGGGAAGUGGGAAGAAGGUCUAGGGGGAACUGGAUACUAUGUGGCCUCUAUAAAUGAGGCACACAAACAGAAUUCGCCGCAUGAUACCAGAAUAUCUGUCUAUGUGAGUGUAGGGGGGAUCAACUGUAUGGUUGAAAGUCGGUAUAUUUCAAAUCAAGAAUUCCUUGAGGAAGAAAUCAUAGCUUGGUGGAGCACGAGCUCAAAAUCUGGGGACGGCAUUCCAUCUGAAGAAGAUAUGAUAGAAAAGAUCAAAAAGAAAAGAAUGUUAGGUUUUGGGGCAUUUGUUUAAGUUGGGGCCUAUAGAUAUGCAGAUUGCAAGUUUUGACCUUUUUUUGGCUAAUGUUCUCUUUAUACGAAAUUGAAAAACGAAAAUAGAAUUGUUCAGUCACUUUCAUGAUCGAUGUUCCUCUUCCCAGUCGCUUUAUGUUUCGACAUGUAAAUUACGCCAUUUGUAUGAAGUGGAUGAAGUUAUGAGGCA